UCACAGUACACACCAUGACAGGUCCCUAUAUUUCAAUUAUAUUCAGUUAAUUCUAAUAAUGUCGAUUUAAAUAAUUUUAAGGUAGGUAACUCUAACAAAAAGUAUGGUUACAAUGUGUAGGGUAAGAUUUAUCCUUAUGGAAGACAACUCUAAGAACUACCCACGGGUACUACAUAAGUAAGUAUCCUCAGGGAAAUGACUCUAAUAUAAAUCACAUGCAUCAUGGUUAUAACCUUAAUGGUGACGACUACUCAAAUUAUAUCCAGCCCUAUUUAAUGGCAAAAUUAUUGUUGAUAAUCCUUAUAUAGACACCAUUUUACUUUCACUUUGUUUUAAAUAUUCAAACCAGUGACAGUAGUCACUAAAGGCGGAAUAUCCUUAAUGAUUUGUAAAUAAUACUAAACGAAAAGUAAAGAGUAUGAUUUAUUUAAACGGUUGCUGCAAAGAGAGACCCAUAGACAGUAUGUAGAAAAGAGACCUAAAGACAGUAUAUAUAAGAGAGACCCAUAGACAGUAUGAAGAAGAGUGACCCAUAGACAGUAUGUAGAAGAGAGACACAUAGACAGUAUGUAGAAGAGAGACCCAUAGACAGUAUGUAGAAGAGAGACCCAUAGACAGUAUGUAGAAGAGAGACCCAUAGACAGUAUGAAGAACAGAGACCCAAAGACAGUAUGUAGAAGAGAGACCCAUAGACAGUAUGUAGAAGAGAGACCCAUAGACAGUAUGUAGAAGAGAGACAUAUAGAAAGUAUGUAGAAGAGAGACCCAAUGACAAUAUGUAGAAGAGAGACCCAAAGACAGUAUGUAAAUUAGAAACCCAAGGACAAUACGUAGAAAAGAGACCCGAAGACAAUAUAUAGGAAAAUGACCCAAAGACAGUAUGAAGAAAGUGGUGUAAUGACAAUAUGUAGAAAAGAGACCUAAUGAUAGUAUGAAGAAAAGGGACCCAAAGACAGUAUGUAGAAAUGGGCGCAAUGACAAUAUGUAGAAAAGAGACCUAAAGACAGUAUGAAGAAAAGAGACAAACAGACAAUAUGUAGGAAAAUGACCCACAGACAGUAGGUAGAAAAUGACCCACGAACAGUGUAUAGAAAAGAGACAAAAAGAAAGUAUGUAGAAAGGAGACCCAAAGACAGUAUGAAGAAAAGAGACCUAAGGAUAGUACAUAGAAAAGAGACAAAAAAAAACAGUAUGUAGAAAAGAGACCCAAAGAUAGUAUCAAGAAAGGAGACCCAAAGACAGAAUGAAGAAAAAAGCCCUAAGGAUAGUACAUAGAAAAGAGACAAAAAAAAACAGUAUGCAGAAAAGAGACCCAAAGAAAGUAUCAAGAAAGGAGACCCAAAGACAGAAUGAAGAAAAGAGACCUAAGGAUAGUACAUAGAAAAGAGACAACAAAAAAAAACAGUAUGUAGAAAAGAAACCCAAUAACAGUAUGUAGAAGAGACCCAAACACUCUUAUGUAAAAGAAUGACCGAAACACAGUACGUAAAAGAGUGACCGAAACACAGUUCGUAAAAGAGUGACCGAAACACAUUACGUAAAAGAGUGACCCAAAGACAGUACGUAAAAGAGUGACCCAAAAACAGUAUGUAAAAGAUUGACCCUAACACAGUAUGUAAAAACGGUGGAAGAUACAAAUGAAAAACUUCGUUUCUCAUUAAUUUUAAAAUUGAAAGUUUAAACUAAAAACGUAACAAAACGUUUAACAAGCAGAACAAAUCACUGAAAAUAUAGCCUUGUAAAUGCAAUUUCUUAAUACUCUUUAAAUGUAUAUAUGUCAGAUUUCUCCAAUAGCGUUCACAGAUGAAAAUUAUUACUAUGAUUAAGAUAUCUCAGUAAAAUAUCUUAAAACCAACCACUUAUUAUACACUGUAUAAUUAAAUUGAGUUAUAUAAAUAUAAGCAAUCAACGUAAAAACGUUCAUUUGCUAUGUUUUCAAGUCUGUACGGUAAGUGCUCUACAGAAACUGCGUUAUUUAAUCCAUUUUCGCAUCUAGUACUUUACAAAUUAAAUUGAGCUUAUAGUUUUAUGAUAAAACAAAUAAUGGGCUAACACCCUUUUUAUGUGCAGAAGAAAUAUUUUCUUUAUUCUAUACUUUUUGUUUUAACAAUCAUCCGUUUUCAUGUUUUGAUGUAAAACACUAAUAUGCACGAUAUACUCUCAUGUGCGUUUUGACUUUCAUUAAUGGUGCACCAACAAAACGACAAAACGUAAUCUGGUGUAAAUAUGUGCGCAGAAACCCCUAUUUAAACUCUUUGUGAAAAAUUGCUCUCGAAAUUAAAACAUCAAACUGUUUUUUUUAAAUCCCUUUGUAAACAUAAUCUUGAAGUGAAUCAAAAUGUCACCGUGUAAACAAAUACCUCGCUGAAGAGCUGAUGCACUUAAGUGUAGGUGCAGUAGUCAUUGUAAGUGUGACUUGCAAAAUUGCAGAAAAAAACAUUGGGGAAUACCUCUGCUGUCUAGGAUAGGAGAAUCUGUUUCACUUAACAGGAUAAAUGCAUGAGGUGUGUUGAAACGUUUAGGGUCCGUCAUAGAUUCUCAACUCGAUCGAGUUAUUAUUGAUGAAGGAUCCGUCAUAGAUUCUCAACUCGAUCAAGUUAGUUUUGAUGAAGGAUCCGUCAUAGAUUCUCAACUCGAUCGAGUUAGUAUUGAUCAAGUGUGUUUACACUAAAUCAAUGUCUGCACAGGUUUGAGUGAAAGUGAAUAUAGAUGAGAAGAAAUAGGUCGACUGUCAAAUAAAUUAUGAUAUAUUCAGAAAUGCUCUUAUUUCUUUACAUUUGGCUCACAUUUUCUGUAAACCUGCUACACAAAUCCUGUUUUAUUCAUUCAAACAUAUUUUAUUGAUUGAUAGAUAUUCAAAGUGAUUAGGAACAAGGUCUGACAACUUACAAGGCCCUCUCCCAACAAAUCUUAAAUAAAAAUAUGCUGUUGUAAUUGCAUAUCCCCAUUAGUAAUUAUUUACUAUAAUUAGCCUUCGGUUACAAGCUAACCGAGGGGAUAUGCAAUUACAUUUUUUUAUAAAUAAUUUCUGUUUGUAUAUUUUUGUUUUAUUGUAUUAUUGGUUCAUGGUGACUGAUUAUCUAUGGUAUAUGUUGUGUAAAGUGUGGAUCGCCCUAAGAAAUUUGACAAAUUUCUUUGUCUGCAAUGCUGUAAUUAUUUUAUUGCCCAUUUAUAAAGAUAUAUAUAUAUUGUAUGUGUAUAUAUUCAAAAAACAUUCUUUACAGAGCUAUGAUCCUGUCUUUCAAUAGGACUGCAGAAAUUAAUCAUUGUAUACGUUAUUUGAUGAUAUCAUAUUAUAUGGUAGUUUUAUGGAAAGUUUUUACAUAUACGUCGGAAAGUUUUUGUGAUUUCAUCAUUCGAGUGCAUUCCUAAGUUUGCCUCGUUCACAAAAAAUAGCCUACAACACAUGUGGUGUUAUUAAGGUAGAAAUGUGGGUUUGGACUUUUUGAGCAAUCUGACUGGCUAAUACUGGUAACAGAUGUGUAUAAAGCAUAUGCAUAUAUAUUGCAGGUAUUUUUCAAGACGACUGCCAUUACUUGUUAUAAAUUGUGUUGAUUUGAUUUAGGAGUAAACACGUAGCCUCAAGUAGAAACUUUCCUGUUCCGUUAUCUACAUCCAACACCUUAGGACAAGAUGGAGACUUUAAAUGUCGAUGAUCACGUUGCCUACCACGUGAACGACAAGGUUUUCAAUGGCAAAAUGGAGAAACACGAAAUUAAAGAAUACUACACCAAAUGGGCGCUCCAAUACGAAAAAGAUCUCGCUCCUGGGAGAUAUGACGGACCUAUGAUGGCCGCAGAGACCUGCGCGCAAUGCUUCAACGAAAACGACAGAGAAAACGUACGAGUACUAGACGUGGCAGCAGGGACCGGGGCGGUUGGUGAACAGCUGGUAAAAAGAGGUUUCAGCGAUAUCCACGCCCUGGACCCUUCAGAAGGAAUGUUAGAAGUAGCGAAGGGCAAAAAUGUUUAUACAAAGUUACUGAAUGAAUACCUAACAGAAGACAAACUUCCAGUACCUGAAGGUUACUACAACUGUGUGACGUCAUCAGGUGGAAUGGGAGACGGUCAUAUCCCAUGUGAGGCGCUCUAUGAAAUCAUCCGGAUCGUGAAAUCAGGUGGCUACGUGGUGAUUGUGAUGCGGGAAGAAUACCUUUACAACGUACCAGAAUACAAAGACCGGCUCGAACCACUCAUGGCUAAAUUAGAGGCCGAAGGAAAGUGGACCAGGAUCGAGAGGCGUGUUGUCCCUAACUACGCCUUCAAAAAAGACGGACUCAUCUUUAUAUAUAAAGUGCAAUGAACAUGGUGUUUCGGGGGGAAAAAUCAGAAAAAUCACUAGUUUUUAAAACUGAUUGGAUAAACAAACGCUUAUCGCUUCCUACAGCUGUAUGAGAUUACCUCGAGCUGGCUGUUAGAUCUCGGCAACUAAUUUAACAUUGAUCAUCUAGCGUAUCUGCAGCUAGUUCCAAUGGGUUCCAUACACAUGCUUCGGUGAUAUAGACAGGCAUUUCCAGUGAAAACGGCUCGAUGAACACGAUGUCACAUCAUGUCACUUCGUUUUGAAGAUUCUUUAGGGAAUCGUUUGACAGAGUGCAAACACUAUGUAUAUUGAUGUAUUUAUAACACAUGUUUUGGUUGGUAGAUCAUGUUUCUAUAAUAUGUAAAUUAUUGUAAAUAUUUGUAAAUAUGUACAUACUUUUGUGUCAUUGAUGUAUAAAUGUAAAUAUUAUUUGUUUGUUGAAUAAAUACAUCUAAGAUUUA